UCAUAACUUCAUGUCUUCCCUUACUAGGAAACAUAGAUGCCUCAAGCUUAAGAGAAAGAUUGCAAAGAAAACGAUGACAGCAAGAUUCAGAAGGUUGAAAAGUGAGAUGGAAAAGAUAAGCAUAGAGCAACAAGUUAUCAAGGAAGGGCAAAGGCAAGUUGGAACCAAAAUUGAAGAAAUAAAUGAACAGUGUGAGCAACUGAGACAAGAGACUAAGCAAAUCAUCCGACAGAGCGUUAACACUCAAAUCCGGUUGGCGCUAAUGUUCAACAUCCUCAAGGCACGAGAAGAAGGCGAUUUUGCUAAGACUUGUCAAUUAACUCGAUUGCUUCGUGAAAUAAUGGUUCGGGAAUAAUCUGAAGCAUGGAAGUUGCCUU